AAACUCAUGUUGAUCUCAUUUGCCAGCCAUGGAGUUGGCAAAGGAGCCCUAUUUUGCCUCCACUCCUUGUACUUUAGGCAGCCUCCGUGCAGCUGUUGGCCGUCAGUUGGCCGAGGCUCUUUGCCCACCGGCCACAGCUCGCAGCGAGCGCAGCGAGCGCAGCGGCGCCACGGUGCUCCAAAGCGCCGUGGCGCAGCAGCCGCCACGGCCACACUGUGGGCGCCAAUACCUUGGACCCGUGGCGGCCGCCGGUCACCUGGCGAUGCCCCGACCGACGACGCCGGCCUCAGGCUGGCCAGCCGACUUGACUGCCAGGGCGGGUGUAGGCGUCCGCGGCUUGGUGCCCUGGGGCACCCUGUUUGAGAGCUUCAUGACCUGCCUGGUAGAGCCUUCUCGGAAUGGGCUCUAUCAGUUCUGCGUGGUUGGCCUGGAUGCAAACCACCCAGGUAAUCCCAGGUAUUUGGCCUGGGAACCUACUGGCUACUUCGACCGAUGGUUCUGUGGCGACGAGGUGGAGUCCCGGCUGGCGCUGCAGCGCUCGCACAAGGUCUACAAGGAAGGAGAGUUGCGAAAGGCAGUCCGAUGGCCAGACGCUGCAGAUCCCUACAAAUCCCUUGUGCACUCCGGAAAUCUUCCGGAAUUGGAUGCCCAAGGGCUACCAGUCAUCACUGCAGCUUGCAAGCAUCGGCCUAGGACCUCCAUUGACCUCAUGGGCCCGCUGCUGCAUGAAUGGAAGCGGCUUUGGCUGGUGCAGCGGGGCCGAACGCCGAAGCUUCUUGUGUUGGACGGCUCUGGACGGUUGGCGAUGCAUUUGCAGGACUCCCUGAAGCAUGUGGAAGUUGUUGCAGCGGAUGUGAAGAGGCGGCUGGAGCCAAAGCCACUACGCUCUUUGUGGGACAAGUGCCGACUUUCAGUGGAUGAUGUGAUACUUAAGACAACACCACCUGAGCUGAAGCUUCCUGCCAACAACUUUGACAUUAUAAUCCUGCCCUUCGUUCUACACAGGCUUUUUGAUGGAGACACAGAUUCUCUCCUAGCAUUGCUGCGGGAUGCUCUUCGAUGCUGCUCGUGUCAGGUCCUGGUGGCUGAGGACCUCACUGGCGAGACUUUGCGCAAAUGGAGGCCAAUUGUGCAGGGGGACUGGUCUGCAAAAAUCUUGCUGGAUGGCGUGCUGCCACAUGGAGAGGUGCGCGAUCACUUCCUCUCGCCCAUCAUGGACUCAACAGACAGAAGGCUCCCGCAAGAAAAGCAAACCUGGUCGAGCAAAAUCGGCACAAGCUUUUCAGUCGAGGUGCUCGAAAGGAACAAAAGAAGUGUCAAUGCGUGGGAGAAGUUUUGCAGAGUCUUGUUUGUUUUGUCAGAGUGCCGUUGAAUUAAUUUUAUAAUGAACUGAAGUGAAAGAAUGAAUUAAAAAACUGUGUGUGAUAUGACGGUUGUGGAGGUACUUGGUGAUUGAUGCCUCCAAGUUCCAAGAUCGGAGAAAGGCCCGGGAAAGCCUGCUGCCAGCAACGAAGCAUGUUUCAAAAAUACCACCCUGACUUAGCAAGCUUCACAGAAAGAGGAACGCUUCAGAAUCCAAUCUGCAAGUUGCGAGAUUGGGAGCUCUGGUUUUGUUUCACCCGCCCUGGAAGGCUUCAAAGUUAAUCUGAAAGGGCUGACAACUGUCCUUGUUCGUACCCUUUGGUGAACAAGACAGCUGGUUACAAUGGCCCGUUUAGUUUUUUGUU